ACUCGCAACGAAUGCUCUCUCGCUUGCACUCCUACUCCUCUUUUCUCAUGCAGACCGUCGUCCGCGACUAAGCUCUGCUGCCGUCGCCACCGUCACCGCCAAAGCACUAAGCUCCCGACAGCGCUGUUUCCGGCGAGCCGCCAGGUUCCGUGGAGAUCGAUGGCUUCGGAUGGAGACCGGUUUCCGCCGCAGAGGCAGGAGAGGCAGCCCGGGAAGGAGCACGCCAUGGAUCCCAUUCCUCAGUUCAGCAGCCCUGACUACAAGCCUUCCAACAAGCUCCAGGGGAGGGUGGCGCUCGUGACCGGAGGCGACUCCGGGAUCGGGAGAGCCGUGUGCCACUGCUUCGCGCAGGAAGGCGCCACGGUCGCAUUCAUCUACGUGAAGGGGCGGGAGGACAAGGACGCGCAGGACACCAUCCAGAUGCUGAAGCAGGCGAAGACCCCCGAUGCCAAGGACCCGAUGGCCGUGGCGGCCGAUCUCGGGUAUGACGAGAACUGCAGGAGGGUGGUCGAUGAAGUCGUGAAUGCCUACGGCCGGAUCGACAUCCUGGUGAACAAUGCGGCUGAGCAGUACGAAUGCAGCUCGGUCGAGGAGAUCGACGAGGCGAGGCUUGAGAGGGUCUUCAGGACUAACAUCUUCUCUCACUUUUUCAUGGUUAGGCAUGCGCUGAAGCACAUGAAGGAAGGCAGCUCGAUCAUCAACACCACGUCGGUGAACGCCUACAAGGGCAAUGCCAAGCUCCUCGACUACACAUCCACCAAAGGCGCGAUCGUGGCUUUCACGAGGGGCCUUGCACUCCAACUCGUGAGCAAAGGCAUAAGGGUCAAUGGGGUCGCGCCAGGCCCAAUUUGGACUCCGCUGAUCCCGGCAUCCUUCACCGAGGAGGAGACCAAGAACUUCGGGAAGCAAGUGCCCAUGAAGAGGGCUGGUCAGCCCAUAGAAGUAGCGCCCUCGUUCGUGUUCCUCGCGUGCAACCAAUGCUCAUCCUACAUCACUGGCCAAGUCCUCCACCCUAAUGGUGAGUGCUUAGCCUCAGUUCUGUAUAUGCUAUAUCGCUGUCUUUCUCCAUUUCAAGUGAGAACAGAAGAUUCAAGGAUGAUUGUGUACUGUGUUGCGUUUUUGGCCUCUUGCAGGUGGAACAGUCGUGAAUGCAUGAGGAUUGGCAAUGGCAGGGUUAUAUAUAUUUUGCACUUCUUUUGCUUUGUGGGUCUGUCUGUUUUGUGUACAAAUAAUACUCUGGUUUCAUGGAGGGGGAUAUGAUGGGGAUGGUGUAGUCUCUAGGGAUGUCACAUGGAACUUGGAGUCCGUUCUGUGGAAAUGCGAACCUUUUUGCAAUGGGGACAAACAAGAUGUUAUCUAGUA